ACUGCCUGGUUGUUUCUGCAUUUACCUGCGAGGACCAUGGCUGCAGAAGGUGACUUCUUAGCAAGAUACCGAGCUGUAUCGAAUAAACUUAAAAAACGUUUCCUCCGGAAGCCAAAUGUCGCGGAGGCAAGUGAGCAGUUUGGCCACCUAGCCAAGGAGCUAAGGCAGCAGGACUGUCUGCAGUAUGCCGCCUUCUGCAACCUGGCCAUGGCCCGGUGUGAGCAGACUCUGUUUAACGCUCCGGGAGAAGCUUUGGCGCUAACUGAUGCCGCACGCCUUUUUCUUUCCUCCGAGAAAGAGAACCACUCUCUGCGGGUGCUGGGCUUUGACGAGCACCUUCAGGCUGCACUCAACUGCUACAGUUUUGCCAGCAAGGUGUAUGUUGAGAUGAACCAGCCGAUGAUGGCAGCCAGUCUGUGUCUAGAACUUGGCAAUGCACUCAAAGAGAUGAACCGACCAGGCGAGGCAAUUGUUCAUUACCAGAGGGCUGCAGAGCUGCAGACACAGAUGCCAGUGGAAGCUCUUCUGUCAAUGGGAGAAAUGGCUUCAUGUAAAAUUCUCACACGUGACUAUGAUGGCGCCUUGUCCGUGUUUACAGAGAUGCAGCUCAUGUGCCAGGAGAGAGGACUGCAACUACCAGGCACCAGCACCCCUGUUGGUGCCUUUUUGGACAUUGUGGCAAGAUGCGAGAUCUCCAGAGUACUACUGCUUAUGCUGCUUGAGCCUCCGCCUCAGAAGCUGCUACCAGAACAUGCGCAAACACUGGAGAGAUACGCAUGGGAGUCCUUCGACCCACACAGUCAAGUGACCUUCCUGCCCGAGAAUGUUUUCCUGCUCCUGCAGUCGGUGGUGAUGGCAUGCCAGGAGAAAGACACGGAGUCCCUGAAGUCUCUUCAGACUGAGCUAUGGCCAGUGCUGACCGCCGAGCUGAAUCACCUCCUCCACCUAGUGGUUCAGGAGCGCAUCACACCGUCUGGCCAAGGCAUUUAGUGCCGUCCUCUUCUGAUCCGCUUCCUCUGGGAACGAUAGCUAACAUCAUGGAAACAUUCCUGCUUGUGACUGGGUCUGUUGUAAGACCCCAACAAAUGCUUUCGCCGAGACAAAUACAAAAUGUAAAACUAAAAAAAAAAAAAUACAUCUGUGGUAUGAUGUUCACGUUAUUAUUAUUUCAUGCUUUUACCCAGAACCCCUUUUGGAUAGCGCUUGUCCUCAGAGUCGCGAGUCGCUGGAACAUAUCCUGGCUGACUUUGGGUGAGAGGCGGGGUCCACAGGGGGAAUCGUUGCCAGCCAAUCCCAGGGUAUAUAUAGGGGGCGGGAAAACAACCAUUCAUGCUUAACCUUCACACCUGGACAAUUUAGAGUUUUCAAUGAAUUUAACAUCAACCUAUAUUGAAGCCGGAGUGAACUCAUGCAAGCACGGAGAGCACAUGCCAAGGUUGGAGUACAGAUUUGAACCCCCGACCUCAGAGGUGUGAGGCAGACAUUACCAAGUGGGACUUAUUCAGAUAUGUUUAUCAUGCCCUUUGAUGAAUGAAUCAUGAAGCUGUGUUUGUUACUAGUUGUUUUAUUGAUUAUAGUGUAUGGCUUCACUCCAAAGUAAUUACAAACCUUCUAAUGCAUAGUUUAGAAAUAUGGUCAAAUGAAACACUCAUCCUCCAUAUCUGGUUCACAUGUACAAAUUGAUGUACUUUUUUUUCCAGGAUAGCAGCCUACUACAAACAAAAUGCAAAACAUAGCUUGAAAACGAAAAAAAAACAUUACAAAAUGUUACAAAAAUAUAAUGGUUACAAUGUACAUGGAUAAAACGAGGAUACACUACUUCAAUCAUGAAAUAAAGAUACAUGACUUCAAACUACUUGUAUUCCCAAUUAAAGCUUGUUUUAAUUGUUCAAGUACAGCAACGGGGAAGUUGUUGUGUUGCAAACAUGCAAAACCUAUUACCUUUAUUUGUUCACUUCAUUCUUGCGGUGGUCAUUGGAAGCUUCAGCUUGGUUUUGAGGGGGGGGGAUCAGCCCUUAGACUUAUCAUCACCCCGCUUCCAAAAUAGUCUAAGCUGAUGGCUUUAUUCCAAAAGAGCCGCCAGUGUGAGAAUUAAAGGCACCGAAGUGCUACGCUCCUGUUUGCACUGAAAAUGUAUAAGCCGUAUUCCGGCUGCAGUUUGGGUUAGUUUAGCAUAGUGGCUGCAUAAUUCGAAGGGAACAAAAUCCCCACUUAAGACCUCCUAAAGCUCUCUUUAUGUGUAAACUGUUAAAAAACUAACAAACAAACAAAAACGACAUUUCACUCCCACUUCUCCCAAAUGUCAUGCUAAGCUAACUAGCUGCAAGCUAGUAACGUCACAGUUGAUGUACGCCUAAUUUGCCACGAGAUGUCAAAAGUAGUACAGUAAUAUAUUACAUCGUUGUAACUUGGCAAUUGUAACAAAUUUGACAUGUUAUGGUAAUGACAUAAAUCAGCCUGUUAUACAAAUGUAUUUGAUACCGUGAAAUUAAAUGUCUGAAGGGAAAUCCGCCCAAUAAAAUGAUUAUACACAGGCUAAAUGUGUUAAGUUUAUCGUGAGUCAA